GUCGUUUGGGCGUCCCCGGUCUGCUGCGAGUUCUAGAAGGCCCUGACCAGGAGGCCGAGGCGCCUGGAGGAGGGCGAUCGCCUGGUGCUCAGGACGUGACCUACUGCUCCUAUACGGCAGAGAUCGCCGCCAGCGCGUUCACGCCGGCGAGAAGCUCGCGGGCACAAGGCGGCGGAGAGGUUCAGGCGUGCAUUGCGCACGGUGGAGGAAAGAGGGAAGAAGCGGCAGCGUUGUCUCCACCCGACACCCAACGGCCCGUGUCAAACAUGGACGGCUCGCGGCAUGUGCAGUGUUGGGAUCGCCUCCUUUUGCGAAGUUUCGAUCAGCGGAAGGCCAGUCCGCAAGGAGCACCUCAUCUUGUGGCCGAACUGCAGCGGCGCCUCCCGUGGCUGGGGGAGUGCGCCACGCAGCUUGUGUGGGACUGCCCCGUGCCCGGCGGCUGCACGCUGAAGCGACCGGAUAUGCUUUACCGCUUCGAGGACCGCUUCGUGCAAGUAGAAGUCGACGAGGAGGGCCACGAGGACCUGAGCUGCUCAGACGAGGACAGUCGUCUCGAGCUCAUCGCCGCGGACGUGGGUUUGCCCGGCCUGGUGCUCCGACUCAACCCGGACGCGGAGCAAACCCUCAAGCGUCGGCGCCUCAGGAACGGCGAAGCCGCCUUCGCCGUCGGGGAGGCCGACGCCUUCAACGCCCUCUUUGCUUCUGCCGAGACCGAGGUGGAGGCCUUCCUGAACGAGCCGGCCCCGGAAGGCGUGCGGGUGGCGGGGUUCCCCGCGAGCUGGUGGGACGGAAGGUAA